GGGGACUAUUCGUGUUGUAAUGUCGUCCCGGGCGGAAAACGUGGCGGAACUUUUAGAAAUAGACAUAUGUAACGGCGACGUCUGUUCGGAGGUGGAGAGCGGACUAUUCAUCAACUCCGGUACAGGCGCGUCACUCUUACACGGUUUCUCGGAGUUUCAACAGUGGACUGGAUCUAGUUCUCGUCCGUCUUCAGACCAAAACAACACAGACUAUGUCUCAAAGAGACCGAGAGACUGCUUCAAUAACGACACCACACCAUCCCCGAGUCUGUAUCCCCAGAACGGCCCGGGGUGUGAAUCCGGUGAUCGUGUGAUCCUUGGAGAGCUUCAGGGUCGGGAUCACCGAGUUCCUCGUUCCUCCAUAGUGGACUGUCUGUUGGUGGAGUUGUAUGACACCUACAGUAGCGCCCGGAUCAGUGUCGACAGCCCGGAUAGUAGUACCGAGGCGUCCAGUUCGGAGCUGUUCUGCCGUAGUAAUACUGGGUCCAGUUUCCUCCAGGAACUACAGGAGAAACACACCAGGAGACAUCAGGUCAGCUACCUGUCUCAGAAAGCACCAGGAGAGUUGAGCUGUAUCGUAGAGGAGGUUCUCUACAGGACGGGUCUCCAGUCAGCCAAGCUGCUACGCCAGCUGAAGCGGAGAGAUCGCCUCGCUCACAAGCUCCAGAAGAACUAUGACAUCAUCACCGCCUGUCUUCAGGCCGUGUCCCAGAAGAGAAGAGUGGACACCAGGUUAAAGUUCACCAUCGAACCUUCUCUGGGCAAGAACGGCUUCCAACAGUGGUAUGAUGCUCUGAAGGCUGUGGUCAGACUUCCUACAGGCAUCCCUAAAGAGUGGAGGAAGAGGGUAUGGUUAAGUCUAGCUGAUCACUACCUCCACAGUAUCUCUAUCGACUGGGACAAAACUCUCCGCUUCGCUUUCAACGAACGCAGUAACCCUGACGAUGACUCGCUGGGCAUCCAGAUUGUUAAGGACCUACACAGGACAGGUUGUAGUUCAUACUCCGGCCAGGAGGGGGAGCAGGACCGAGUGGUGCUGAAGAGGGUACUCCUGGCGUACGCUCGCUGGAAUAAGGCUGUAGGAUACUGCCAGGGCUUCAAUGUACUGGCGGCUCUCAUACUGGAGGUUACCGAGGGCAACGAGAGCCACGCACUCAAGGUGAUGAUCUACCUGAUAGACAAGGUGCUACCGGAGAGUUAUUUUGCCAACAACCUGCGUUCUCUGUCGGUGGACAUGGCCGUGUUCAGAGAUCUCCUGAGGAUGAAGCUUCCUCACCUCUCACAGCACCUCCACCUCCUGCAGAAGACUGCUGAUAGAGAGGCUGGAGGAAGCUACGAGCCUCCCCUGACUAACCCCGGCGUGUGUCUUACAGGAAGCUACGAGCCUCCCCUGACCAAUGUCUUCACCAUGCAGUGGUUUCUGACCAUGUUUGCGACGUGCCUGCCGCCCAACACCGUGCUGAAGAUCUGGGACUCGGUGUUCUUCGACGGUUCGGAGGUUCUCCUGAGGGUAGCUCUGGCUAUCUGGUCUCACCUGGAGGAGCAUAUAGAGUGCUGUCAAACAGCAGAUGACUUCUACAGCACCAUGGGAUGGAUCACUCAGGAGAUGUUGGAGAGCGGCCUCGUGGACUGUAGCCACCUCAUGCAGACGGUCUACUCCAUGGCUGCGUUUCCGUUCCCUCAGCUGGCUGAACUCCGAGAGAAAUACACCUACAACAUCACUCCCUUCCCCACAUCCAACCCCAACGGCAGUGGCGGUCCAGGUGGCUGGGAGGGCGAUGAAGACGAGGAUGAAGAUGAAGAUGCCGUGGUGACAGCAGCGUUGGGAUGUUUGGGUCCUCUGGGUGGGCUGUUAGCUCCAGAACUACAGCGGUACCAGAAACACAUCAAAGACCAGCGCUGGGGGGAGCAGGGAGGUGACAUGGCGGCCCUGAGCCCGGGUGCGGUGGACGGGGGCGGGAGAGCGGAGCACCAAGCGGCCGUGAACAGUAUGUUACAGGAGAGGAUGAGUACGGACGUCAGCGCUCUGAGGAAACAAUACUCACGUCUGAAGAGACAUCAGCAACAACAGGCCAGACGGCUGUACAUACACACAGAUCGAUGUCCAGCCACCAGUGUUUUAGCAUCUCAACUCCGUCCUUCUCCUGUCGUCAACCACCUGUUGCUAGGCAGGAAGCCCAGGAACGGCCGGGAACGGCCUCCGUCCUGUCCCCACGGCCUGCAGGGAGGUGUCCCCCUGUCCCAGGAACAGUCCAGCCCUGCCACCGUCCCCCCUAGAGGGGAGAGGGAGAGGAACGGACUGGUAUCUCGCGCUGAAGACUGUCGGAGCAGGGCGAGGUCCCCCUGGCGAGCCCACGUACGAACCCAACGCAGGAACACAGCCCGGGUACAGCUAGGGUUUGGAGACGAGGAAGACAGACGGCCUCGUCAGACGGAGGAGGAGGAGGACAGACGGCCUCGUCAGACGGAGGAGGAGGAGGACAGACGCCCUCGUCAGACGGAGGAGGAGGAGGACAGACGCCCUCGUCAGACGGAGGAGGAGGAGGACAGACGCCCUCGUCAGACGGAGGAGGAGGAGGAGGAGGACAGACGGCCUCGUCAGACGGAGGAGGAGGAGGAGAGAGAUGGAGUGGGUGAGGGAAAGGCUGAUGACGAGGGUAGUCACCUCCCUGUGUCUCCUGCCCAGACCUCCAGGAAGGAGGAGGAGCACCUGGUGUCUCUAGAGCUGAACUCUGGGUCAGAACUAAACCAGACCCCACCUCCACGACCCUCCUCUGUCCCGGACGCGCCGCCCUCCUCUAGCCCGGACGCGCCGCCCUCCUCUGACCCGGACGCGCCGCCCUCCUCUGGCCCGGACGCGCCGCCCUCCUCUGGCCCGGACGCGCCGCCCUCCUCUGGCCCGGACGCGCCGCCCUCCUCUGGCCCGGACGCGCCGCCCUCCUCUGACCCGGACGCGCCGCCCUCCUCUAGCCCGGACGCGCCGCCCUCCUCUAGCCCGGACGCGCCGCCCUCCUCUGUCCCGGACGCGCCGCCCUCCUCUGUCCCGGACGCGCCGCCCUCCUCUGUCCCGGACGCGCCGCCCUCCUCUGUCCCGGACGCGCCGCCCUCCUCUGUCCCGGACGCGCCGCCCUCCUCUGUCCCCGGACGCGCCGCCCUCCUCUGGCCCGGACGCGCCGCCCUCCUCUGGCCCGGACGCGCCGCCCUCCUCUGGCCCGGACGCGCCGCCCUCCUCUGGCCCGGACGCGCCGCCCUCCUCUGGCCCGGACGCGCCGCCCUCCUCUGGCCCGGACGCGCCGCCCUCCUCUGGCCCGGACGCGCCCGCCCUCCUCUGGCCCGGACGCGCCGCCCUCCUCUGGCCCGGACGCGCCGCCCUCCUCUGGCCCGGACGCGCCGCCCUCCUCUGGCCCGGACGCGCCGCCCUCCUCUGGCCCGGACGCGCCGUCCUCCUCUAGCCCGGACGCGCCGCCCUCCUCUCCCUCCAUCCCAGAGCUGCCUGUCCUGCCUCCUCUUCCUCGACCAUCCUCAUCACACCUCCACGGUCAACAGUCCGACCCUUCAGUCUCCUAUCAGAACAUCUACUGUAUGAGAUGCUCCCCUGGUAGCCCUGUUACCCUCUCUAACCCCCACAGCCCUGUUACCCUCUCUAACCCCCACAGCCCUGUUACCCCCUCUAACCCCCACAGCCCUGUUACCCCCUCUAACCCCCACAGC